AUGGCCGCAUCGACGGGCACGGUGGCGGCGCUCGUCACUUUCACGGCGACGGCGACGGCUGGGCAGGUCUGGUCGAGCAGCGUCAGCCAGCCCACGGGCGGAGGAGGACACGAGACGACGAUUCUCAGCGGAGGACAUGAUAUCAACCCCAUUCGUUUCGACACGAGCAACCCGCUCGUUCUCGUCAUCGUCCAACUGGUCCUGAUCCUCGCCCUCUCCCGCAUCCUCGCGCUCGCAUUCCGCUGGGCCCGCCAGCCCCGCGUGGUGAGCGAAAUCCUCGCCGGCAUCCUCCUCGGCCCAACCGCCUUCGGCCAAAUCCCCGGCUUCACAGAAAACAUCUUCCCAGCCCCCUCGAUCCCGUUCCUCUCGCUCAUCGCCAAUCUCGGAUUGGUUCUCUUCUUGUUCGUCAUCGGAACGGACGUCGACUUCUCCCUGUUGAGGAGGAAUUUGAAGCCGACGGUUGCGGUGUCGGCCGCGGGACUGGUCAUUCCGUUUGGACUUGGGUGCGCCGUCAGCGUCGGCUUGUACAACGAGUUCAUCAGCAAGGACGUCAAGUUCACGACUUUCAUGACCUUCAUCGGCACAAGCUCAUCCAUCACCGCCUUCCCCGUCCUGAGCCGCAUCCUCUCCGAACUGCAGCUCUUCACCGACCCAGUCGGACUCGUCGUCCUCGCCUCGGGCGUCGUCAACGACGUCAUCGGGUGGUGCUUGCUGGCGCUCUCGGUCGCACUCGCCUCGGCUGGCCAAGGCGUCGUGGUUGUGUACAUCCUACUGACCAUGGUCGGCUGGACCCUCGCACUCUUCUUCCUCGCCCGCCCAGCGCUCAACUGGCUCGCGCGCACAACCGGCUCCUACACGCGCGCCGACGGCCCAACUCAAGGCUACGUCUGCGCGACCCUCGCUCUCGUCCUAAUCUCCGCCUGGUUCUGCCAAAUCAUCGGCAUUUCGGAAAUCUUUGGCGGGUUCCUCGUCGGCUUGAUCGUUCCUCGCACGCUUGGACACCACUUCGCGAGCAGGAUUGAAGACCUUGUCGUGUGCAUCUUCAUCCCGUUGUAUUUUGCAACGUCGGGGUUGAGGACGAACCUGACGUUACUCAAUACCGGCACGAUCUGGGGCUGGGUGAUCUGCGUAAUGGUCGUCGCCUUCUCCGGCAAGUUCCUCGGCAGCGCCAUCGCCGCCCGCGCGACAGGGUUCACGUGGAGACAGGCUGGAGCGACCGGGUCACUCAUGAGUGCCAAGGGGUUGAUUGAGUUGAUUGUGCUGAACCAGGGGUUACAGGUCGGGAUCAUCAGCACGACCGUGUUCAGUAUCUUUGUUCUUGAAGCGCUCGUCUUGACGAUCGCCUCGACCCCGCUCACGCUCGCCUUCUACCCACCCCGCCACCGUCCCUCAACGAAGCACACCCCGGCCAUCUCCACCACACUCGACUCGAAACCCCGCUCGUCGCUCGACAAGUCCAGUCUCUCGCUCCGCAUGCGCACGAGGUUCAUCGUCAUGCUCGACCAACUCGAGUCGCUCGGAGCGGCCAUGGUGUUCACGCAUUUGCUUGCGUCGGCGCCGGCGCCGAUGGGGCAGGCGACGAAGAUGGGCGGGUCGUCGCAAGGAGGCGAAACGUUGACUUCCGGUGACGGACUCCUCGCGCCGGCGCACGAAGGGACGGUUUCGACCGGGUCGACUUCUCCCGCUUCGACUCCCCUUCCUCCCGCUUCGCAGCAGCAGCUCGAAGUUACCCCACUGCGACUUGUCGAGCUUACCGAGCGCGGAAGCGGUGUCAUGCUCGCCUCGGAAGAAGCCGCCUCGCACCUUGCGCGGGACCCACUUGUUUCACUUUACCGCACCUUCGCCUCGCUCCCCUCCUCGUCGGGAGUGCACGUCGCAACAGGCGAGUUUGCGAUGACUGCGGCGGAGAAUUGGCCCGAGACGGUGGCGAGGUGUACGGAGGAAGGGGCGGCAGAAUUGUUGGUCGUGCCGUGGAAGCUCGGGAGUGCGAGUGGGCCGCGCGAGGAGGGGAACGUCGUCGAGUCAUUCAUCCCGAACCCAUUCGAGGCCUUGUUUGGCAACGCCGUCCCCGGCUCGUCGACCUCGGCACAAGUGAGCGGCGCCCCCCUCUUCGCCGCCUUCCUUCGCGACGUCUUCCUCGAGACCUCCUGCGACGUCGGCGUCCUCCUCGACCGUUCGUGUCCUUCGGCUGCCUCGAUUGCGCACGCACCGAAGCACCUGUACAUCCCGUUUUUCGGUGGUGCGGAUGAUCGGACUUGCCUCGAGAUUGCGGUCCAGUUCGUCAAGCGUUCGGCGGGCGCUGUCACCGCGACGGUUCUCGUCGUCACGCGUGCGGCGGAGCCGACGGAGGAAGACCAAGCAGCGAACGGGCUCGAUCGCCAAGACGCCGACGGCGCCGAAGCGACCUCGACCACCAAACUCGACGCGAUCUUCUCGCCCGCCUUGUCGCUUCCGCCUAGCAGUCCCGCCGCACACAACAACCACCUCUCGCUUGGACACGGCGGCACGCAUCAUGGUGGCACGCGGGCGGGCGAGACGCACUACGGCAGUUCGCACGGGCAGCAUGCGCUUGCGAGUGCGACGGCCGACGAUGUCGCCCUCGAGCAAGUCGCUGCCGUUGCGUCGACCCUACCCACCGGCGCACUCGUCAUCGAACGCGUCUCGACUGCUUUCCCGCUCGCAACGGCCGUCACCCGCCUCCGCACGCUCACCGCAACCCAGCCAACCUUGACCCUCCUCGGCCGCUCGCGACUCGACGCCCCCUCGCACCGCCUCGAGUCUCUGACGCUCCUCAAGUCCGCCGAGAGAGCUGGCACGCUCGGCGCCUGUGCGAGCAGCGAAGUCCGUCGUGCGGUGGGCGAAGCAGCCACCGCUGUGCUCGUCGCGCCGGAGGACGUGCGGGCUGAGUGGGUGAUGGUUGUACAGAGUCGCGCGACGGCGGGGAAGAGAGCGCAGAAGAGGAUGGUUGCGGCGGGGCGGAGCUUGAGUGUCGGGACCGUGUAUGGCGAGAAGGCGGACGCUUGA